AUGUUACUUGUAAAUGAAUCCAUAAAUGUAAUUAUCUAAACAUAUACUUAGGUUACAAUACCCUCAUAUAAAUAAGAAUCUUCUAAUGUUCAAUAUGUUAUUGAAAUUAAAACAAGAAAUAAACAACAAUGGCUAAUUACAAAGCGCUAUUCAUAAUUUGAGGAUUUACAUAAAAAAUUGAUACUUAUUUUUUAGGAUCUCCCUGAAUUACCUAAAAAAGCCUUUAUAACAUUCUUAGUUGGCAAAUCAAAAGAAUAAUUAGAAGAACGUAGAGCUGGUUUGGAAAAAUAUCUUUAGUUGCUCAUAGUACGUAGAGAAAUAUAUCAUUCUAACUUGCUUCGAGAUUUUUUACAGGUAUAGUAAUUUGUAAUAAGCUUGAAUAAUGCGAAGAAAUUAUUCCUCCUAAUCUAAUCCAUUCUACUAAAACAAUAAUGGGUAUACGUGAUGUUUCAUUGUCUGAUUAAGGAGUAAUGUUCCUCCUCUAAGCAGAUAUGAGUGUUUUGAAUAGAGUGGAUGCAUAUGUUAAUAAUAUGAAGAUGCCAUGGAAUGAUGAAGAAACAGAAGUCAAAACCAUACCAGUUGGAUUAGUUGAAUGUUAUAUUAAAUAAGAAGAAGGAGAAUUUUCUUAUAAAAGAUUAUGGACUAAAGAGUAUAAUACUUAAGCAAUUUGUAUGUUUUAUGAACCAAUUACAUGCACUUUGCUUAUUGGGUAAUUAAAUCGAAAGAAUAUUUAGAUUAGACUCUGGAAAUAUUAACUUUAUAAAAGUUUCAGAGAAAGAUUCAUUCUAAAAAUAUGAGUAAAGCAUUGAAAUUGAAAUCCAUAUUAGCAGAAUAAUGGGUUUAUUUUAUAGAAAUGGAUAAAUUCACUCAGUUUCAAAGGAUACUCAUUAUAAAGUUAUUGAUAUGGAUUAAGGAGGCUUGAAAUCAGGUGAAUUAUAAAACUAUUAUAGAUUUUUCAAUAGGGAAGCAUGAAUUAACAUUCUUAACAUAUAAUGAAUAGAGAAAAAUUUCAGUAGUUGGUAAUAGAAAUGGUUAAUUAUAUAUACUAAAUAUUAAACCUGUAUAACCAAUAGUAAUGUUGUCUGUUGAUACAAAUACAUCAUUUAUUAGAGGACUAGUUUUGGAUUAUUAGAAAAACUAUUUAAUUUCAGUUUCUUACGAUGAUGGUGUAAUAUGCGUUUUAGAUGUUGGGAAAUGUUUACAAGAUAAUAUAGGGAAAAUCAAAACAAAAAUAUAAGCUAAAAUAAAAGUAUUUUAAAUCAAUAACUAUUAAUAACUAGACUAGAGAAGUUUAAUGGUCAAGUAAACGAGGAGAAUUAUUCAUAGGAAAUGAUGAUGGAACAGUUACUAUUUAUAAUGCUCUUGAUUUAUAACCUUAAUGUAAAAUUUUUUAUUAUUUUUAGAUGUACUUAAGGCUCAUGAAAAAGCCAUUACUAAAUUGAUUUGGUAAGAAUCUACCCAGAUUCUUAUUACAGGAGGUAAGGAUGAAUUUAUUAAAUGGUGGCAUUUUCCUAAAAAAUGGAAGGCAGGUGAUCAAGAUGAAUAAGCCAAAUCAAAACAAUUGAUUGAGGCUAAAAUGGAGAAUAUCUUAAAAUUGUAAAAUUAAAAUCAAAAAAUUGAUUCAGACGAAGAAGAUGAAACAGGAUUAGGAAAUUGGCAUAAAUGAUAUAGCAUAA